GCAGGCGCGUCGCAAUACUCGUGGGUUAUAUAUUCAAAUAACACUCCGACAGACUAACUGAUAAAUAGAGGUUCCGGAUGCAUAGAUUGUCAUUCGAGUAGAGAUUGUCUUAGAGUAAACAUUGGGCUGCUCCACUUUGCACUGUUCACCUGUUUUUGCUCGCGUUUUGCUUUAAAUGCGCUCGCGCUGCGAUUCUAACCUCAAACUUAAUGAAAAUAGCAAAAAGCUUCGAGUUGCUACAGUCAUAGCUUUUUGCAGUGUGUUUUUGUUCCUCGUGUGUGAUACAUUGCAAUUAUGAGGAGAAGAAGUUCCUUAGAUGAGCUGGAGAGAGAAAGAGAGAAGGAAAAGCGAAGGAUUGCUUGGAUGGUACAGCAAGAGAAGGAGCGAGAGCAUGAGAGACUCAAGCGAAAGAAGAUAGAAGAGUACGAGAGGAAAAGAGCUGAGCAGCUGGGCCUGAACCGCAAGCGAAGAUCACCACACAGAAGCCAUAGUGAAAGCAGAAGCCGUAGCAGGUCUGAAGAAUCGCAUCAUAGAAGCCGAGCCAAGCAUAGAAGCAGCAGAUCUCAAGUCAUGUCAGAAAAACUCGAUUCAUCAGAAGGAAACAAACCUUUUUUCAAUGGACCAAAAGAGGCACCAAAACUAGAUGAGAUCGAACUGCGACAAGUUGUAGUGAACAUCCAUAGAAAAAUUCCUGCAUCUGCAACUGAAACUAGUGAAAUUCGACGUGAUAUUGUGAAUCAUGAGGAAAUAACCCUGAAGAGAAGAGACGGAGAAGGAGCAAAACCUAUAUUUGAUCGAGAGGAACUAAAACAGUUUGAAGCUAAGUCGAUUGAAGUGGAAGAGCGCCGCACAAUCGAGGCUGUCGGCAAAAAUAGUUUAGUUAAGAGAUCGUAUGCAAAGCGCCGUUCUAAGUCAUUGAGUCCUCGCAGGCAUCGGAGUCCUAGUCCUCACGCUCACGGUCACUCUGGUUCGCGUUUAUACACACAUCGAUCGAGGCACGACGAGUACUCGAGACAUCAGUUAGAAGAUCGACAUUACAAAGAUCACAAAAACGAUAGGCAUUAUUCCGAUUUAAGAGAUACUAGUCGAGAUGAGUCAAGAAGACGUCGGUCAUCUCGGGGAAGAUCGCACUCUAGAGAACGGGAGUACCACAGAGAUGAGCAUGACUAUUCACGAUCAAGCAGAAGUGAAAAGGAAUACCGAGAAUACCGAGGCCGAUCAAAAGAUCGAUCUUACGACAGACGAGAUAGAAGAGAUUCCUCCAGGGAACGACGACUACCCCCCGUCCAAUACAUCGAACAAGUGCCAUUCCCCAUUUACUAUAGUGCGGGAUUCGCCCCAAGACCAAUGCUAGUCGGACCCGCCAUUCCUCCCAUCCGAGGGCCGCUGGCCGGCAGAGGCCGCCCGCUCAUGGCACCCAUUCGACCACCCUUCCCGCCACGUUUCAUAGGACCACAAGACAUGUACAGGGCUGGGCUACCUUCCGAUCCUCGAUUUGGACAGAUGUAUUGAAUCAAAUUAUUUGAAUGAAUUGAAUCUAUUGUAUGAGAUACUUUAUAAAAGGUCGACGUAGGACUAUAAAACGUGAAACGUGGAAGCUUCAACGACGAUGAAAUAACGUUAGUCUUUAAUGUUUGCUACUUAAAGGACGCGCUUUUAAUGAUGAUGAAUUCUUGUGAUCGAAUCAAACGAUUUUUUAAUGUCAACCGCGAAGUGAUAUAAUUGAUUAGAGUCAUUAUAACGAUUUUUUGUUUUGAAAAAACUGUUGCUAUUUCUUUAAGAUUAUGCAGACAAGUUUGUAUUAAUUACAAAAAUAUUAUAUAUGUAAAUAUAACUAUUUACUUUACCAUUUUUAUACUCUA